GUGGAACUGGUGGGCGCCGGGCACGAUUUUGUGGCCGAGACGAGCAGCACCGAACGACGAUCACGUGCCAUUCGAGCAGCUCGGAACUUGCUCGGAGCUGUGGCCAGACUGCUCAUCAUGGCUGAUAUGGUUGAUGUGCACAUGAUGCUCGCCAACGUGAACAAGGCUCGGGAGAUAAUGGAUCGGUUGGUAACGGCCGAAUCGAAGCAGGAGCUAUGUGAACUGUUUGGUUCGUUGCAAUCCUGUCUGGAGCAAGUUGACGAAAGCAUCCGACGGCGCAUCCUGGAGUUGCGUGAUCCAGCUGAACAGGAUGAUUUGCAAGCAGCGCGAGCUUGGCUGAAACUGAAUACCAAUAUUAUGUGCACCGCCUCCACUGCUUACAUUCGGCAUCCAGAAGUUGACCAAGUCCGCAUGAACCGAGAUUUCGCGCAUUCUCAGAUAACCCAGGCAUUACAAGCAAUUGUGGACAUCUUGCAAGGAAAUGCCGUCAACUCCGACAUAUCAUACAUGGAACCAAGCUCUUAUAACGACCAUUUGCAUCGGCCAGAACUUGAAAGUCUUCUUGAGAAGAUUGUAAGCGGUGCCGCUGCUAUUGCUGACUCCGAAAAUACCCGGGAUGAAAGAAAGAAGAGAAUUGUUGAUGAAUGCAAUCACCUGCGUCAGGCUUUGCAGGACCUACUAACUGAAUAUGAAAAGAAUUGUGGACGUGCUGAGCCGUCGGAAGAUCUGGAUUUAGCGAUGGUCCAUUUGGGGCACAAAGCCAAAGACCUUAGGCGUCAUUUGCGUCGUGCGAUUGUAGACCACGUCAGUGAUGCGUUCCUGGAUACCAGCACCCCACUAAUGAUGCUUAUCGAAAGCGCUCAAAAGCACGAAGAAGUGGCCACUGUUGAAAAUGGCAAAAUGUUCCAGGAGCACGCGAACAAGCUCGUCCAGAUUGCUGGGGGAAAGCAGAGUCGAGCUGAUUUCGCAGUUGAGGAGCUGCUGUAG